AUGGAGCUUGGCCUCGCUCUCCGGUUCGUCGCGCCGCCGCCGUUGCUGCCGCCGUGUCUCUCCCAUAGAGCUCUUGCUCUUCCACCGGAUUUUAUUUCCCCGUGUGUGCUGCAAGGAAGACGCGUCCGCGCCUCGAGACUGAAGCGUGGAGCUGGGGCUGUGGGCAAUGCGAUUAUGACCUAUUCAGGAGUGGAAGAGGAUGAGAUGGUGGAAGAAGAAGUGGAGGAGGAGGAGGAAGCUGAACCGGCGGUGAGCACGAGACCGCGCCUGGAGCUCAUCGAGAAGCCGGACCGGAGCCUGGCGCUGCUGGAUGAGUACGAGUCGGAGGAACUUGGCUCCUCUCUUUGCGCCAAUCACCGCAGCGGCUAUGUUGCUGUAUUGGGGAAGCCAAAUGUUGGCAAGAGCACCCUUAUAAACCAAAUGGUUGGUCAGAAACUUUCAAUUGUAACAGAUAAACCACAAACGACAAGACAUCGCAUUCUUGGUAUAUGUUCUGAACCAGAAUACCAGAUUAUACUUUAUGACACUCCUGGUGUUAUUAAAAAGGAGAUGCAUAAGCUGGACAGUAUGAUGAUGAAGAAUGUCAGGAGCGCUAUCGGCAGUGCGGACUGUGUGCUUGUUGUUGCUGAUGCUUGCAAAGCGCCUGAAAAGAUUGAUGAAAUGCUUGAAGAAGGUGUGGGAAACAAAGAUAUUGGACUUCCUGUACUGCUGGUAUUGAACAAGAAAGAUCUCAUAAAACCCGGAGAAAUCACAAAGAAACUUGAGUGGUACCAAAAAUUUACUAAUGUUGAUGAUGUUAUACCAAUAAGUGCUAAAUUUGGUAAUGGGCUGGAUGAUAUCAAGGAGUGGAUAUUGUCAAAGCUCCCUCUGGGUCCUGCUUACUACCCCAAGGAUAUAGCUAGUGAACACCCCGAGAGAUUUUUUGUUGGUGAAAUAGUGAGGGAAAAGAUUUUUGUUCAAUACAGGCAGGAAAUUCCUUAUUCAUGCCAGGUUAAUGUUGUCAGUUACAAAAGUAGGCCUAGUGCCAAGGACUUCAUUCAAGUUGACAUACUUGUUGAGAAAGAAUCACAAAGAAGCAUUAUACUAGGGAAGGAUGGCAAAGCCAUAAAGAUGUUGGCAACCGCGUCAAGGCUUGACAUCGAGGAUUUCCUACAAAAGAAAGUCUACCUUGAGAUAGAGGUCAAAGUGAAGGAAAACUGGCGGCAAGACGAGCGGCUUCUGAAGCGGUAUGGCUACGGCGGCGAGAUCCAAGCACUGUGA